CCCCGCGCUAUGCGCCCGCCUAGCCGGGGCGCCCGGGGCGGCUGAGCCGCUGCCGGUAGAGCGGGACCCCACGGCUGGGGCGGCGCCCUUCCGGUUCGUGCCGCGCCCGGUGCGCUUCCCGCGGGAUCACGAGUUCUUCGAGGAUGGGGAUGUGCAGCGGCACCUCUACCUGCAAGACGUGCUUACUCAGGUGUCCGAGGCUCCGGAGAAGUCCAUGGAAUGUGUGCGGCCUUUCAAGAGACGCCUCCUUUCCCAGGGUUCCGGAGUUCACCUGUCAGGUGGCUGGCUGUUGCCAAGUGUUUGCUGCCCUAGAAGACUACCAGCAUCACUACCACAUGCUGCAUGCGAACACCUGCUCCCUCUGCAGCCGUGCCUUUCCCUCUGGGCACUUGUUAGACAUCCACAUCCUGGAAUGGCAUGACUCCCUGUUCCAGAUCCUGGCCCAGAGGCAGGACAUGUACCAGUGUUUGGUCGAAGGCUGCCUAGAGAAGUUCAAGACCAGCCAAGACCGGAAGGAUCACAUGGUGAGGUUCCAUCUGUACCCUGCAGAUUUCCGGUUUGAUAAGCCCAAGACAAGCAGAGGCCCAGCCAUGCCAGUUGCAGCAGACCUGUUAGCCAGAGCCCUACAGGAUGAUGGGGCUGCCAUGGAAGUCUGCUCUGAACCCACUGCCCUGCCUCCCUGCACACGGACCUAUAACCACAGAAUACCUUCUACUGUCUGUUUUGGCCAGGGUGCAACCAGAGGGUUUAAAAGCAGUAAGAAAAAAAAUAAACACCACUGAUGGACCCUGGUGAGGAAAGCCAGGCAGACUGGGGGUUGGGAAGGGGUACCAGGGACUUUCUCUUGCUCCUGGAUAACUGCCCUGGGCCAGACCCUUGCCACCUCCUUGUUUUCAUGAAGCAGCCAGUGCUUGUUAUCAGAAACAUCAGGGACCUGCACAUUCCAGAAAUAGCCAGGACACACUGCAGGAGUGAGAUAGGGAGAUAACCUUCCUGCUUCAGCAGGAGGUUAAGAAUGAUGUUUGUUGGGAUGUUUCUACUCUUAAGAAUGUCAUUUUUAAAUAUAUGAAAUAAAUAUUUUUCACUGAU